GGCAGCCGAGUGGUCGUCGGGAGGCGGGGGCGGAGAGGGGAGGAGGAGUCUGGCUCUGGUUGUGUGCUUUUUCGAUUGAUGGAUGACUGCUGGGUGGGAGCGAGCGUGCGGGUGUGAGUGUGAGUGUGUGUGUGUGUGUGUGUGCGCGCGGGGUGCGUGCGCGCGCGGGGCCUGCCCAUUUUCCUCCUCGCAGUAGUCAGUUGGGAGCUGGAGAGAGGGAGGGAGACGCAGCCCGCGAGAAACCGGAGAGGAGCCGAGCGCCCUCCGCCCGAGGCGCCCUCCCUUCGUCCGCGCAAAGGCGCCGUCGCUUGGAGGAGCAAGGUGCCUCCCAGCCCGCAAGGGCGCAGCGUACAAACCCGCGGUCUCUUCGGUGGCUCUGCCCCGGGACUGCACCUGGAGGCCACCCCGGACGGGGAUGGUAAGCGGCUGCUGCCGUCUGGCAAGCAAGCGGGACGCGGUGCGGGCACCAUGGCGCUGACGACCUGGAGGGGGCCCUCGGCGGGGCUUGUCCGGCCCGAGCUCUGGCUGCUGCUGUGGGCAGCCGCGUGGCGCCUGGGCGCCACGGCGUGCCCCGCCCUCUGCACCUGCACUGGCACCACGGUGGACUGCCACGGCACGGGGCUGCAGGCCGUCCCCAAGAACAUUCCACGGAACACGGAGCGCCUGGAACUCAACGGCAACAAAAUCACUCGGAUCCAUAAGAAUGACUUUGCGGGACUCAAGCAGCUGCGGGUGCUGCAGCUGAUGGAGAACCAGAUUGGAGUGGUGGAACGCGGGGCUUUCGACGACAUGAAGGAACUGGAGCGGCUACGACUCAACCGGAACCAGCUGUACGCAUUACCAGAACUGCUGUUCCAGAAUAACCAGGCUCUCUCGAGGCUGGACCUGAGUGAGAACGCCAUCCAGGCCAUCCCCAGAAAGGCUUUUCGUGGAGCCACAGACCUCAAAAAUUUACAGCUGGACAAGAACCAGAUCAGCUGCAUUGAGGAAGGAGCUUUCCGGGCUCUGCGGGGGCUGGAAGUGCUGACUCUGAACAACAACAGCAUCACCACCAUCCCCGUGUCCAGCUUCAACCACAUGCCCAAGCUGCGGACCUUCCGCCUGCACUCCAACCACCUGUUCUGCGACUGCCACCUGGCCUGGCUCUCCCAGUGGCUGAGGCAGCGGCCAACCAUCGGGCUCUUCACCCAGUGCUCGGGCCCUGCCAGCCUGCGCGGCCUCAACGUGGCCGAGGUCCGGAAGAGUGAGUUCAGCUGCCCAGGCCAGGGGGAGGCGGGGCACGUGCCCUCCUGCACCCUCUCCUCCGGCUCCUGCCCAGCCAUGUGCACCUGUAGCAACGGCAUUGUGGAUUGUCGUGGCAAAGGCCUCACCGCCAUCCCCGCCAACCUGCCCGAGACCAUGACGGAGAUCCGCCUGGAGCUCAAUGGGAUCAAGUCCAUCCCCCCCGGAGCCUUCUCUCCCUACAGAAAGCUUCGGAGGAUAGACUUGAGCAACAACCAGAUCUCGGAGAUUGCACCCGACGCCUUCCAGGGCCUCCGGUCCCUGAACUCGCUGGUCCUCUAUGGGAACAAGAUCACAGACCUCCCCCGGGGAGUGUUUGGAGGCCUGUUCACCCUACAGCUCCUGCUCCUGAAUGCCAACAAGAUCAACUGCAUCCGGCCCAACACCUUCCAGGACCUGCAGAACCUCUCCCUGCUCUCCCUGUAUGACAACAAGAUCCAGAGUCUCGCCAAGGGCACCUUCACCUCCCUGCGGGCCAUCCAGACCUUGCAUCUGGCCCAGAACCCUUUCAUCUGCGACUGUAACCUCAAGUGGCUGGCGGACUUCCUGCGCACCAACCCCAUCGAGACCAGCGGGGCCCGCUGCGCCAGCCCCCGGCGCCUUGCCAACAAGCGCAUCGGGCAGAUCAAGAGCAAGAAGUUCCGGUGCUCAGCCAAAGAACAGUACUUCAUUCCAGGCACAGAGGAUUACCAGCUGAACAGUGAGUGCAACAGCGACGUGGUCUGUCCCCACAAGUGCCGCUGCGAGGCCAGCAUGGUGGAGUGCUCCGGCCUGAAGCUCACCAAGAUCCCUGAGCGCAUCCCCCAGGCCACGGCCGAGCUACGAUUAAACAACAAUGAGAUUUCCAUCCUGGAGGCCACCGGGAUGUUUAAAAAACUCACCCAUCUGAAGAAAAUCAAUCUGAGCAACAACAAGGUGUCGGAGAUUGAAGAUGGGGCCUUCGAGGGCGCAGCCUCAGUGAGCGAGCUGCACCUGACCGCCAACCAGCUGGAGUCCAUCCGGAGCGGCAUGUUCCGGGGCCUGGACGGCCUGAGGACGCUGAUGCUGAGGAACAACCGCAUCAGCUGCAUCCACAAUGACAGCUUCACGGGGCUGCGCAGCGUCCGCCUCCUCUCGCUCUAUGACAACCAGAUCGCCACCAUCUCCCCUGGGGCCUUCGACACCCUGCAGGCCCUCUCCACGCUAAACCUUCUGGCCAACCCUUUCAACUGCAACUGCCAGCUGGCUUGGCUGGGCGACUGGCUGCGCCGGAGGAAGAUCGUGACGGGGAACCCGCGAUGCCAGAACCCGGAUUUCUUGCGGCAGAUUCCCCUGCAGGACGUGGCUGUCCCCGACUUCAGGUGUGAGGAAGGCCAGGAGGAGGGGGGCUGCCUGCCCCGCCCGCAGUGCCCCCAGGAGUGCGCCUGCCUGGACACCGUGGUCCGAUGCAGCAACAAGCACCUGCAGGCCUUGCCCAAGGGCAUCCCCAAGAAUGCCACGGAGCUCUACCUGGAUGGGAAUCAGUUCACGCUGGUUCCGAGACAGCUGUCCACCUUCAAGUACCUGCAGCUUGUGGACCUGAGUAACAACAAGAUCAGUUCCUUAAGCAACUCCUCCUUCACCAACAUGAGCCAGCUGACCACUCUGAUCCUCAGCUACAAUGCCCUGCAGUGCAUCCCUCCUUUGGCCUUCCAGGGGCUCCGCUCCCUGCGCCUGCUGUCCCUGCAUGGUAAUGAUGUCUCCACCCUCCAAGAGGGCAUCUUCACAGAUGUGACCUCCCUUUCUCACCUGGCCAUUGGUGCCAACCCCCUGUACUGUGACUGCCACCUGCGCUGGUUGUCCAGCUGGGUGAAGACAGGCUACAAGGAACCUGGCAUUGCCCGCUGUGCCGGGCCCCCGAAUAUGGAGGGCAAGCUGCUCCUCACCACGCCUGCCAAGAAGUUUGAAUGCCUAGGUCCGCCCAGCCUGGCUGUCCAGGCCAAGUGCGAUCCCUGCUUGUCCAGCCCAUGCCAGAACCGGGGCACCUGCCAUAACGACCCCCUUGGGGCAUACAGGUGUGCCUGCCCCAGCGGCUAUAAGGGCCGAGACUGCGAGGUGUCCCUGGACAGCUGUUCCAGCAGCCCCUGUGGAAAUGGCGGGACCUGCCACUCGCAGGAGGGCGAGGAUGCCGGCUUCACGUGCUCCUGCCCCUCCGGCUUUGAAGGACCGACGUGUGGGGUAAACACGGACGACUGUGUGGAACACUCAUGUGCCAACGGGGGCACCUGUGUGGACGGCAUGGGCAGCUACACCUGCCAGUGCCCCCUGCAGUACUCGGGAACGGCCUGUGAGCAGCUGGUGGACUUCUGCUCGUCGGAUUUGAACCCGUGUCAGCACGAGGCCCAGUGUGUGGGCACCCCAGACGGGCCCAGGUGUGAGUGUGCACCUGGUUAUGUGGGUGACAACUGCACGGAGAACCGGGAUGACUGCGAGGACCACCGCUGCCAGAAUGGGGCCCAGUGCGUGGAUGGAGUCAAUGGCUACUCCUGCCUCUGUGCUGAGGGUUACAGUGGGCAGCUCUGUGAGACCCCUCCCCGCCCGCCUGCCCCCAGGAGCCCCUGUGAGGGGACUGAGUGCCAGAACGGGGCCAACUGUGUGGACCAGGGCAGCCAGCCCGUGUGCCAGUGCCUCCCGGGCUUUGGCGGCCCCGAGUGUGAGAAGUUGCUCAGUGUCAACUUCGUGGAUCGGGACACUUACCUACAGUUCACCGACCUGCAGAACUGGCCACGGGCCAACAUCACACUGCAGGUCUCCACAGCAGAGGACAAUGGGAUCCUGCUGUACAAUGGGGACAGCGACCACAUCGCGGUGGAGCUCUACCAGGGCCAUGUGCGUGUCAGCUGUGACCCGGGCAGCUAUCCCAGCUCUGCCAUCUACAGUGCCGAGACGAUCAAUGAUGGGCAGUUCCACACCGUUGAGCUGGUCACCUUUGACCAGAUGGUGAAUCUCUCCAUCGAUGGUGGCAGCCCCAUGACCAUGGACAACUUCGGCAAACACUAUACGCUAAACAGCGAGGCGCCCCUCUAUGUGGGAGGGAUGCCAGUGGACGUGAAUUCGGCCGCCUUCCGCCUGUGGCAGAUCCUCAAUGGCACGAGCUUCCACGGUUGCAUCCGAAACCUGUACAUCAACAACGAGUUGCAGGACUUCACCAAGACGAGGAUGAAGCCAGGGGUGGUGCCAGGCUGCGAGCCCUGCCGGAAGCUCUUCUGCCUGCAUGGUAUCUGCCAGCCCAAUGCCACACCAGGGCCCGUGUGCCACUGUGAGGCCGGCUGGGAGGGCCUGCACUGCGACCAGCCAGCCGACGGCCCCUGCCAUGGCCACAAGUGUGUCCACGGGAAGUGCAUGCCUCUAGAUGCUCUUUCCUACAGCUGCCAGUGCCAGGAUGGGUACUCGGGGGCCCUGUGCAACCAGGCUGGGGCACCUGCAGACCCCUGUGGGGGCCUGAGGUGCCUGCACGGCCACUGCCAGGCCUCAGCCACCAAGGGGGCACACUGUGUGUGUCACCCCGGCUUUUCGGGCGAGCUGUGCGAGCAAGAGUCCGAGUGCCGGGGGGACCCUGUCCGGGACUUUCACCAGGUCCAGAGGGGCUAUGCCAUCUGCCAGACCACGCGCCCGCUGUCGUGGGUGGAGUGCCGGGGCUCAUGCCCCGGCCAGGGCUGCUGCCAGGGCCUGCGGCUGAAGCGGAGGAAGUUCACCUUUGAGUGCAGCGACGGGACCUCUUUUGCCGAGGAGGUGGAGAAGCCCACCAAGUGUGGCUGUGCCUUCUGCGCUUAGCGCCCGGCGUGGAUGGGGAGGGGAGAGGGCGGGCGAGGGGGCGCGGCCGCAGCGGAGACCGAAUGGCCGGCAGCUGGGCUGGGGUGCGGGCCAUCACCACGGCGACGCCUGGGCUACCGGCCCUCCCGUGGGGGGGCGGCCAGAACCACUUUUCUAAAGCAAACGGCGCCGCAGCUUGGGGCGGGUGGGCGUGGCCCGGGCCGCAGCCCCCCUCUCCGGAAGUGCCUUGCACAAAUAGGCGCUUAAUAAAUAUUUGUUGAAUGAAUGUGUGCGUGAGGUCAGGCCAAGAAGUGCAGAAUAGUGACACCUCCUCCUUGCCUGCUACCUGGGUCUGAAGAUCGGACUGCCCCUUCCCAAACCAGCCUUGCCCUCUCACCUGUGGCCUGUGCGGGUCCCAGAAGCCCCUUGCCCCCCUGCAGAUAACCUUGGCAUACUCUCAGCCUGCGCUGGGGCAGCCGGCCUGGCUCUCAGCUUCUGCUGCUGCAGCGUCUGCUGGCAGUAGGCCAGGCUGCGAAGGGGCAGGGCCCCCUCCUGCUGGCCAGGAAGGGACCAAGCCCUGCCCCCUGGGCUGCCUGGCAGUGCUGCAGCCACUGCUUGCUUGGGAACGGGCCAGGGGGUGGAGGUGGUUUUAGGACCAGACCUCUGAAUCCCAAAGUUAUGGGAUGAGCAUUGUAAUAUCAAGGAGGGUGCUCAUGCGGAGGAAACCACCGCUGGGACUGCUUAGCGGGGGGACGCCACCAGCAAAAAGGACAGAGGGCUUCUGGUUCCAACUGAAUAAACAUCACCACCUCCAGACACUAGCCACCAAGGGGGCAUUGGUCCUGGGCUUCCCCAGCCGUUAGCCAUCAGCUUCUAGCUAGCAGGGGGACUUGGGGUGUAGGGGGCUUGGGCUAGGCUGCUAGGCCAAGGAGGGGUCUCCUCCCAUGUAGACGGGGUUCAGAUCACCUCAUGCCGCAGACCAGUAGGGAGCCGUGGUCCAGACAUCAGGAAACCUCCGCCGGCUCUGUCACUGUGGGCAAACUUCUUCCUUAUGGGCCUCAGUCUCCUCAGCUAUCAAAUGGGGAGAUGGAGGCGAGCAAUGUAGACCCUCCCACUGUGGCUCCAGGAGGGAAGCUGGAAGAGUUAGAAGAUCUACUUUCAUUAAUCACGUCAACAACUAUUCAUGUGCCUAACCGGGGCUGGGUACUGCGGGUGUUCUCCCCUCACGGACAGAUGGGACUGACUACAGAACAUCACAGGCGCGACCUGUGAUGCCUGGGAAGGAUGCCUGGGAAGGGAUCUGAGGCGAGUGAGGGCUCCAACCACAGACACCGGCCCAGGCCAGGGCUGCUCACUCCAAGUGUUUGCAAGGAAGGAGUCAGUGUCUGAAGAGUCAUCGAACAUGUGGCCGUGUGACUACAAAUGCUUCUCUUCCAUGCAGAAUGAAAACGCAGAAAGAUGAUCUUUGUGCCUAAAUAGCGAGCUGGCUGGAAGGAAGAUAGGUCACGCUCUCCUGUCCCAGUGUCUCCCCAAGAGUGUGUGCCCCUGGGGGAUCCUGGGGGGCAAGGAGGGUGAGCAUGUCCCUGUCCUGGCUCCUUCCAUCUGCAAACAGAAGGCAGGGUCAGGGGAGUGUGUUGUGUUGGGGCUGAGGUGGCCUUGUGCAUGGGGGCAGCAGGCGGAGCCCUUGAUACCAAGUAUCCGGGAGCCUCCUACGACUGAGCGCGCCUGGUGUGCUCCACUACCCUGGGACUCAGGCCAGUGAGUUUGAGUCCUGGGCCCCCUGUAACGGGAAGAGGACCCUGCCCUGUCCACCUGGGGAGGUGUCCUGAAGGCUGGAUCUGCCCCUCACCAGGGGCCAAGCUCUACUUUCUUGGAACUCUGAGCAAGGCCACAGCACCCCUCACACUCAUGGGCAGCAGCCUGGGCCUCGAGGGGCUUCUCCUAGGGCUGCACAGCACCCGUCUCUUACCUAGACUUUCUGGGCCCCUGCGGGCACCUGGACAGCAGCCAGCACCAGGUGGGUAGGAAGGAAAGCUCAGGUGUAGCUAGCCUGCCCCUUCCACGGAACCCACCAACCCUGAGACACAUACCUUCCCCUGGCCACCACCAUUCCUCACUGACCUGCAGAAACCGUUCCCCGGGCUUGAGGGGCGAUGUCUGGCAGGACCUCUUCGCUCUGCAGAAGUGGAAGGGGCACCUGCAGACAGGUACUGGCUGCCAGGAGUCCUGCACUCCCAGUGCCAUGGGUUUGGGAGGGCAGAGGAUGGAGUGUUUGUUUGCAGGGAGCACCCUGCGAGCUUGCUGCCACCCCUGUCCACCCCUCCACAGCACCCCACGCCCCAGCCCAGCUCUAUACUCACCCUUGGUCGAGCCAGAAGACUGGGAUACACCACAAGGGGUGAGGGCAGCAAGGGCCGAGAGACCCAUGCGCCCCAGGAUCAAGUUUUCCUCAACUGAACCACCAACCCGAAAGUUGCUAAGGAACUGGAUCACCACACACCUUGCCUGUUCACGUCUGGGCCUGCCGAGUCCCAGAAGAAGGCUGCCGCGAAAUCAUCUGAGAAACCAUUUCCAAGCCUUGCCACCCCUUUGGUAAAGACUCCAGUUCACUUGGACGUCGUCCUCGGCUGGUUCUACUGAAGAGACACAAGCAGGGCAAGUCCCAAAGCUGCUGCUGCUUUGGCAGCACUGCAGGCGACAGUGGCCCCGGCUCCCUGUGCGGGUGUCAGGAAACGGAAAAGCCUGGACUUUGUCUCUUCUUUGCCUGCUGUUAGCCUAACCAUGAAAGUAUCUCUUUACACAGAAUACUUAACAGAUUCUAAUAUAUAUUUGUAUUUCAUUUUGUUAUAGUAUUUUUAUAUGUUAAAGUCAACAUCCAGUGUCUUGCUUCGCUUUUCAGAUGCUAUGUAGUUGUGACAUUUGGUUUGGUUUGGGGUGGGGGGGUUCUGUAGUCUUGUUUGGAUCACUCUUUUAAAGAGACUGGUUUAGAACAAGCCCCUGGGGGAGCCACACCUGCCCUGUCCUGAGACGUGUUAUUUUAGAACAUGUUGGAUAUUGUCUGUUGUCUUCCUGUGAACAUGAAAUUGAUUCACUCAG